UUUUUUAACAAUGUUCCUACAUUUUUGGGGAACCGAAAGAAUUUUUGCCCGAUUGCUGUGACAUAAUACUAUUUCCUGGUUAUGUCAAGUAAUGAGAGGAGAGGUCUGAAUCUUUAAACCGACACUGGGAACCUGAUUAUUCAGGAUGCAGCUGUCAGUGCAUCUGUUUGGAGUUGUCUGGGUAGCUGUACUGUUGUCCUUUAGUCUCUGCCAGGAUAUCUGUCGGGUGCAGGAUGGAAAAACUGGAGUGCCAGGAGUUUCUGGGCGAGAUGGCUGGCCUGGACAAAAAGGAGAGAAAGGAGAACCAGGUUUGCAGGUGGCGCUGAGAUAUGAAGACCUGAGUGCUUUCAAAGGAGAUAAGGGUGAGGAUGGUCCUGUAGGAGACCUUGGUGCUAAAGGUUUCCCUGGUGAACUUGGUCCCCAGGGCCCCAUCGGACCUCCAGGGAAUCCUGGCAUGAGCGGAGCAAGUGGAAAUUCCAACACAAAAAAGGCAGCCUUUACAGUGAUCCGUAAGAUUAAUGCGAACCCCAGGUACAACAAGGCCUUGGAAUUUACUGAACAACUUGCUAAUUUGAAUAAUGACUUCAACCGCCAAACAGGUUUUUUCACAUGUAGCGUUCCUGGAGUGUAUUACUUUGUGUUUCAUUCUGUCUCUGAAGGUGACCUUUGCUUAAAACUGGUCAGUGACAACGCAGCUAAAGUGAGCCUGAUAUUUUGUGACUAUAACCAGCGUAGGUCAAGUGUAUCACAGGUUGUGUCUGGUGGUGCAGUGAUUGAGCUUGCUGCGAGAAAUAAGGUGUGGCUAGAACCCUUCAAACAAAUUGAACACAGAAGGGAGACAAACAAAAUGUCCAAAACUGACAUGACAGUGUUUAGUGGAUUUCUGAUUUUUGCUACUGGAUAAAGAAAAUAGAGAUAACAGUGCAUGUUAGAAUGACUGCCAUUGUAAUAUUGGUAGUGCUCCAGAAGUUUCUGCAAUCAUGGAUUUUACUGCAACUUUACGUUAAAUGUUAGAUUAAGUGUCCUAUGUUUUUUUUUGCAACCCAAAUGGACAUUUCUGUUGUAAAACGCAUUCUACAAUAAAACCUUUUUGCGAAA